CAACGUGCGAAUCGUUACAAAUAUGGGGAUGUAUUUGAAGUCUCAGAAAAAAUUGCUUCAAAACCCAUAGCGCCUAAAGAUGCAGCGUCAAUACAAUCGGCUGAGAACAAGGAACUGGGUCACAUUCCAAAAGGCGGUCCUGCUUCAAUUAUGCAGUCAGCUGCCGUUCUGAAUCAGCGAUUCGGUGGCGUUGGCCGUAAUGACAUGACAGAUAUAGCCAGAGAUAAGGGUGUCACCGUUUCUCAAACGGAGAUUGAGGGGACUCCAAUUGUUACAGAGGCCGUUGGUGGAGAGGUUCUUGCACAAUAUACUCAUCCAUCAACAGGGGGAGGGGGUGGGGGUGGUGGGAGUACAGUGGAAGCUACACUAUCACUUGAUGCUGAUGUCGUGACCAUAGGCGAGGCGUUGGAGUUGGCGGCUCUUUCUGCAGGGGACAAACCAGUGGACGAGAGCGAUGCGGCAGCGAUACAGGCAGCGGAAGUGAGAGCCACAGGACUAGGCCAUGUGGUGCCAGGAGGUGUAGGAGCAGAAGCUCAACGUGCAGCCGCUGUCAAUAUCCGAACCACGCGAGACGAGCAGAAGACCAAGCUCAGUGAUGUUCUUACAGAUGCAACAAGCAAACUUGUGGACUACAAGCCAGUGACGAAGGAAGACGCGUUAGGCGUGGUGGGAGCUGAGAUAAGGAAUAAGCCUGAUUUGGCUACACACCCUGGAGGCGUAGCUGCAUCCAUGGCCGCAGCUGCCAAUCUGAACAAAGCCUGAAAUGUGUCCUAAGCCCUUUAAUUUAGUCUGGGUCUUUGUAUAAAAUUAUGUGUUUUCCCAGAUCGAAUUCUCUUCCUUUGCUGUAAGUUUUGAGCUUUCGUGCAUGUCAUCAGUUUAUACUCUAAAUACACGUUAGUGUUAUUAGUUCUUUAAAUUAUGCUUUA